UCCAUUGUAACAAAUAAAAAUUACGUACACAAUGACGCAAGAAAAAUCAUGUUUUUUUCUUUGUGCAAUAAUGGUUUGCACAAUGAUUUCAAUUCAAAAUAUCAGAGCAAGUUAUGCUAAUCAUAUCGUAGACAUUGAUACAGAUCAAUGCGUGUGGAAAACAGACGAGAAAUUCCUCUCCAUUGCUUUGGGUUCAGGUUUAAUUCGUGAAAGAUUUCAUCCAAAUUUUGACUUCUCUUCCAUCAAGCUUCAGACUCUAGCGAAAGGAUUGUCGCCAGCUUACCUCAGAAUAGGCGGAACAAAUGGAGAUUUUCUUUUGUUUGAUCCAGAUGAAAACAGCCACCUCUCAACACGCACAUUCAAAGAAAAUUCUGACCAAAAAACUGCUUAUAAUGGUUGGACAAACUUCACUAUGACAACAAAAGACGUGGAUAACUUGUUUUCAUGGGCUUAUAACAAUGAAUUAAAAGUAAUUUUUGGCUUAAAUAUUCUCCAACGAGAUUCCAAAACUAAUCUAUGGAACUCUACCAACGCUCAACAGUUGAUGAAGUAUCUUAUAAGUCGUGGAUUUACUUGUGAUUGGGAGCUAGGGAACGAACCGUUCGAUCUCCAGAAGUUCAAUAGGACGAUAAGCGGAAAACAAUUAGCUGAAAAUUUUAGAAUCCUUCGCAAACUACUGAACAAAUAUCCUGAAUAUGAGAACAUGAUUGCUGGACCUGACUUAUCAUCUCCAUGGAAAUCACCUUUGAGAUCCUCAUACUUUAAAGAAUUCUUGGAGAACAUUAAUGAUAACAUAGAUGCAUUGACCUAUCAUCAAUACUAUACCAAUAAGAAAGCUACUGUUUCAAAGUUUUAUGAUGUAAGUAUUCUUGAUAGUCUCAUUAAGGAAGUAAACACACUAAAACUUAUAUUGGAAAACUCCAAAGCUUCCAUCAAGGAACUUUGGUUGGGGGAGACAUCAAGUGCCUAUGGUGGAGGUGUUCCAGGUGUAUCAAACAGUUACAUAGCUGGCUUUAUGUGGUUGGAUAAGUUAGGCUUGGCAGCUAGAAGUGGACACAGUGUUGUAAUAAGACAAACAUUUUAUGGAGGUUCAUAUGAUCUUGUUGAUCAAAAUACAUUUGACCCCUUUCCUGAUUACUGGUCCUCUUACUUGUACAAAAUGCUCGUUGGACAGCGUGUAUUAAAAGUUGUUGAAGGUAUGUCUUUGGGUCGAGCUCUUCGAGUGUAUGCUCAUUGUAUUUCUCAGAAAUCAGGCUACACUUCUGAUAGUAUUGUACUCAUUGCUCUUAAUACUAAACAUACUGAAGCAAAGAUAAUAUUGACAAAAAAUUUUGAAAAGUUGACAAUACAUCAGUAUUUGUUAACACCAUGUGAAACUGGCAACCUUACAUCUCAGAAAGUGAAAUUAAAUGGCAAGCUGUUGGAAAUGUUAAACAACAAAACAUUACCACAUCUUCAACCUAAACCCAUAUCAGCAGACAAUAUCAUUUUACCACCAGUGUCGUAUGGUUUCUACGUAAUUCUUGAAACACAGCUGCAGGUUUGCAAGAUGCCUUGCAGUAAGAAGAAUUUCAAAGCUAAGAAUGUUUUGCAUGUUUAAUUUGAUUCAAGUAAAGAAUGGAAAAGUUUCUUGUGCAUGUUUAAAAUGAAAGUUUAGCCAUUUUUAUAGAAAGAAUAAAUGCAGCUUUAUAAUCAAUUUAUAGAAAAUAUUAAACUUGGUUACAUAUCACAGCAACUUUUACAAAUGGAUUGCCACUACUAGCAAUCCUACUAUUCUACUACAUUUUUAGUAUGAGAGGAUAGAGUUGUUCAACUGUGAUAAUAAUUACUAUCAAAAAUACAGUUUAUAUAUCUGACAAA